AUCACUCUCUGAGAUGGAGAAGACAAGACUUGCUCUCAUCGCACUCAUUUUUUUAUUGUUUCAUCACAAAAGGAGUUUUGGAGAAGAAGUGGAGAUGAAAGUCAGACCAGGAGAAAACAUCACUCUCUUCUGUGAUCGCUCUCUAAGUCUUGGUUCGGUCAUUGUAUGGAUAAGAAACUGCUCUCACGAAAAUCAGCCCUCUCUUAUAAUGGAUUUUAGGAUAAUUGACCUGGAGAAAUUUCAGCGAUUGAACUUUAUCCACAACCCCUAUGAUAAUUCUCAUGGUCUACAUAUUACUAACAUCAGCGUCUCUGAUCUGGGACUGUACUACUGUGCGGAAGUAGAGAAAAAAGUUAAUCGAGACCAAAAAGGCAUCAUCUCCUCAUCUAAAGCGUACUAUUAUGGAAACCGAACAACUCGUCUUUCUCUAGAAGGACCCCUGAACAGCACCUCCACAGCACCUCCUGUAUCAGACUGUGUGCUCUGCCGGACGCUGCUGUUCAGUGUGUGUCCGGUGUGUGUUCUCCUCUCCUUCAUCUGUGUGUUAUGCCUCUGUUGUAAGAAUACUACAGGUUCUGCAGCUGAUCAAAAAGACAAUCAUAAAAAUAGAACAUUUUUUCAGGAGAAUGAUGUUAGCGAGGUGUGUUAUGCAUCUGUAGACGUGGUGACCUGGAGACAAAACCGGAAGAGAGAAACGCAAGAGCCAAGUUCAGAUUUCACUACUUACGCUCAUGUCAGAACAGAAACCGAAUAGAUUUGAAAGAUGCGGGAGCCAUUAUCAUUGAAACAUCCUGUUGUUGGCAUGUUUGUUUGUUCAGAUGUGUGUUUGAUUAAAACACCGAUGCAGGAAAUGUGAAGCAAGAAUUAUUAUUAUUAUUAUUAUUAUCAUUUUUAUAAGCAGUACAGAAUUAACAAAUAAAAUAUUUACCUAUA